AAGAGCUAACUGAAGACAGGAAGGGAGAAGAGGGAUACACCACAGAUACUGGGCUCGUUUUCAAGAGCGCAGGACUGCGUUGGCUUGACAUUCUAAUAAUAGUUUGGAGUUUAGAGAGCCACACGGGCAUUAACAGUUGAGUCACAGGACCCAUAGCGCCAGACCAUCAGUAUGUCUAUUCUGUGGCUGCUUCUGAGCCUCCUUGCCUUUACUGACUCAUCUGAAAGCAGCAACUGGGGAUGCUAUGGAAAUAUCCGAACCUUUGACACCCCCGGGGUGUCUUGCGGGACUGGAAGACUUCAGGGCCUGAACUUCUGUGGAGUUCGUGCUUCUGAAAGACUGGCUGAAAUAGACAUGCCAGUCCUACUGACACAUCAACCCAUGAUACAGACCGUUGGCCAAAAGUACUGCAUGGAUCCUGCAGUGAUCGCUGGUGUCCUAUCCAGGGAGUCUCAUGGUGGCAAUGUUCUGCUCAAUGUGGGCAACGUGGACAGUGGAAUCGGUGUGGUGCAGGAGCCUGCCCUUUAUGCUCCUACAAGCUGGAUCAGCGAGUCCCAGAUUUUCCAGAUAACUGAGGUUCUGACUGUAAAAAUCAAAGAAAUCCAGAGGAAGUUCCCAGCCUGGUCCCCUGACCAGUGCCUGAGAGGUGGACUCUGUGCCUAUGUGGGAGGUGCUGGUUACAUCAGAAGCAGCCAGGACCUGAGCUGCGACUUCUGCAAUGAUGUCCUUGCACGAGCCAAGUACUUCAAGAGACACGGCUUCUAAUGCUUCGAUCAAACCCAAAUCAUCACACAGGAGGCCCCUAUGAGUCCACAGAUAAAACUAGCUAAUGGGGCUUGUAGCUGUGAAUCUGAGUUUGACCUGAAGGCCAUUAAUAUAACAUGAAUCACAUUAAAAGAAGAAUUAUUUUCUGCA